AUGACUGAAACUAUGAUUCCUCAGUUUCCUGACUAUUCCAUUUACGCUGGGCUCUAUGUUGAGGUGGCUAAUUCGAAGGAGCUACAUUCAGUGGUGUCAAAUCUCCCUUUUGCCUUUAUAGAGGCCGAUACCAUCUGUUCGCGAGAACAACUGUUCUCGGCGGUUUACAAAGCACUUAUUGAGAGUUCUUUCAACAAGCAACGAACGAAGACCUUAAACUCAGAGUGUAUAUUAUCGUUGUCUCCGACGUCUAAUAUUGGAGAAGCGUUUAAGAGGUUCGGCAUAAGCGAGAAAACGUCUAGGAUUGUAGUCCUAAGUAUUGUAGCGAAAACCGAAAAAGCCAUUCUUGAGGCAAAGGAAUUGAUACAUGGAGUUGGUGUAGAUCUCACUGACGAGGCUUUGGAGUCUGGUUACGAUUUAGGGCUGAUCAAAAAGGUAUGUUCAAGAUGCACACAACUCUUUGAGAGAUUGAAAAAAGCAAACCUAUUACUAACUACAUCGCGGUAUAUAGAACUACAAAUUGGGGGACAGAUUCCAUCCACGUUCUGUGGAAGAAUUAUCAAAAAUAUUAGUGAAUGCCAUUCAGCUGCGCGGUCUGUAACUCGUCGAUGA